AUUAUUUUUUUCUCAUCCCCACAUGCUUUGUUCGUAUGUCCUGUGUUGAUUUUUUUAUGUGCAUGCAAUCAUAGCCCCCCAUCAAUGGCAUGAAAACUCCCCGUGCUCCAUUUUUUGAUUCCAGUUUGGAGGUUUGUAGUUUGGACAGCAACAAUAAUAAUUAACAUCAAAUCAAGCGUCCAAGGAGGAGGAGAUGGAAAGAAUAGAGAGCCAUGUACAAUGAGUAGUGCAAGUGGAAAAUGACUGAUAACGGAAGUAUGUUGGUGGUGGUGGGAGGAGAAGAGAGAAGAAGGGAGUAUAGAAAAGGGAACUGGACUCUCAUUGAGACUAUGGUUUUGAUUGAAGCAAAGAAGAUUGGCAAUGAAAGGAGGAUGCAAAGGUCAAAAGAGACUGAAGAAAGGAUGGGUGGAAGUAGCAGUAGCAGCAGACCAUCGGAGACGAGGUGGAAAUGGGUGGAAGACUAUUGUUGGAGGCAUGGUUGCUAUAGGAGCCAAAACCAGUGCAAUGACAGAUGGGAUAACCUCAUGAGGGACUUCAAGAAGGUGAGAACAUAUGAGAUGAGUUUCGGAGUGGAAGGGAGUGAUAGGUUGUCUUAUUGGAAGCUUGAGAGGCAUCAAAGGAAGGAGAGGAACCUACCUUCCAAUCUCUUGCCUGAGAUAUAUGAGGCUUUGAUUGACGUGGUGGAGAGAGGACGUACUGUUGAGGGAGCGAGUGGUAGUACUUCUAACGUAGCAGGAUUAGUGGGAGAAGAAAGGCAUAUGGGAAGCAUCUCAGCUUCAAUGCCUCCAAUGAUGCAACAUAACAGGCCAGGCUCUACACCACAAGCACCAAGUCCACCAUUGCUGCCUCCUCAUGCGCUCCCAGGAGCUCAAGCAGCAGGAAUCAUAGAUUCUGAUGAUGAUGAGCAUUCAAACGCAUCUGUAAGGAAGAGGAGAAGAGAAGGAAGCAGCAGCAAGAACAAGUCCCAUAAGCUAAGUUCAGCAAUCUCCAAAUGUGCUUCUAUUUUAGCAGAACCAUUCCAAGCUAGUGAGGAGAAGGAGAUGAGAAGGCAUAAGGAUCUCAUGAGGAUGAAGGAGAGAAAGACCAAGAUGGAGCAGUCAAAGGCAGAGAUCAGUGUCCAGUCCAUGGAUAGCCUGGCUACUGCCAUCAACCAGCUAGCCUGCUCAAUCCUUGGUUCAGUUGCUGACAAGGGUCCACCAGCUCCUAAGUAAAUAUAUAAAAAUGACCAUAAAUAUGUAACCAAGACCUCUUUCAUGGCAUGUUGAUGGACACCCAUUUAUGUUAUCUUAUUUCACCUUGGGUGAAACCUCUUUCUUUCUUCAGCCAUUGCCACUUCCAAUGAUUAAUCUUGCUGAGCUUACAGGAAUCUCUGCUGCAACUUUCAGGGCAUGAUUGCCUUAGAAAAGCUUGACAAAGAAAGAUUCCCUCUGCAGGUGGCACAUGACAAGAUAAUGAAAUUUUCUAGAUUAUGUUUCACUAGAUUUA